GCCCUCAGUGAGUCAGGCCCGGGCCGGCUGUAAGCGCAAGUGACUCGUUUCCUCUUCACAACACAAGAGCCGCAGUGACAGGCCUGAGCCUCUUCUCUGCUUCCCCCGGAACCACCCCGCCGAAGUCGAGACAUCGAGAGCCGCCGCUGCUGCCCUCCGUCCCUUUCCGCCAUUCUGCCUCCCUCAAUGGCGCUAAAAAGAAUACAGAAAGAGCUGGCAGACUUGCAGCGGGAUCCUCCAGCGCAGUGCUCAGCAGGACCAGUAGGAGAUGAUAUGUUUCACUGGCAGGCCACAAUAAUGGGACCUCCUGACAGUCCAUAUCAAGGUGGAGUCUUCUUUCUCACAAUCCAGUUUCCAACAGAUUAUCCAUUCAAACCGCCGAAGGUUGCGUUUACGACAAAAAUAUACCAUCCAAACAUAAACAGCAACGGAAGUAUUUGUCUUGACAUUCUGCGAUCACAAUGGUCCCCAGCUUUGACUGUUUCAAAAGUUUUGUUGUCCAUAUGCUCCUUACUCUGUGAUCCAAACCCAGAUGAUCCUUUAGUACCAGAUAUUGCACAGACCUACAAGACAGACAAGGAUAAGUACAACAGAAUAGCCAGAGAAUGGACUCAGAAAUAUGCAAUGUAAACUUGUGAAACUAUAAUUUCGUAUAAUCCAGUGUACUGUAAAUUCUAGUUUAUUUUUUGUUUUGUUUUUUGUUUUCAAGAUUAUGAGAAACCGGGCACAGCUUUCUGUUCAGUGACCAAUAAACCCCCUAUAUGCUUUGAUUUUUAGACCUUUAAAUACUUCUCCAAGGUAAAAUUCCAAAAGAGCCAAGAUGAAGAUAAAAUUAAGUUUGUGUACAUCAAGAUGUUUGAUGCUGUUCUUAAGACGCAUGUUACUGCAACAUUUGUAAUGCAAAAUUACAAGCUCUUAGACUGCCCAAUUUUUUUUUUAACUUGACCAAUACUGCAUAUAUAUGUUUACUUUUUUGUAAAUCUGUGUUCAGAUUUUGGUCUGUUGGCUCACUAUUUAAUUGUUUUUUUUUUUUACUGUAUAGACUUUAUUUAACUUUAAAAGUAAACUCAUUGUUUGUUUUUUCUUUCUUCUUUUUUUUUUUUUCCCCUCUUCUAUUUUGUAUGCUUAGUAUUGUCAAGGUAAAACUGCAAGAGCCCCAAACUUUAAAUUUAAACGGAAUGUGGAUAAAGAGGUUUUCCUUUUUUAUUUUUUACUGGAAACGUCCUUUUCUACUUGGGACCCAUCUGUGCAGUAGUGGGGAAGGAGUCCAAGCCUCCUUAGGCGGCCUCAAAACUUUAGUGGGACCUAUAAUUUCCGAUGUCUCCUUUUAGUAAAAUCUGGUAUCGGAGUGCAGCCAUAAAGUGGCCCUGUGAGCACAAUUGUAUCUGGUUGGACUUCUAAAUGAUAAGCCCUGCGACUAGCUGAGGGUGGAGGUAUUGUCUGUUCGUCCUAAAUUGGCUAUGGUAGCUUUCUGUCUUGCUGUAUAUAGGGGGUCCAAGCAGAUGAUGAAUUUCCAUGUAAACUGCAAAGUCCCCUUCAAAUUAAUAAACUUAAAUCAUCUUUGCACUGUAAUUCUUGCUAAUAGUGGAGACAUUUUUUAUUUUUUUUGCAUACUUGACCAGUUCAUUGCAAUGUGAAAGAAUUGCACUGCUAAGAAAACUGUUUUAUUUCUUCUCUGCAAUGUUUUUUUUUUUUUUUCUAGUUUUGAGUUUCAUAUGGGCAAUAUGUAUAAAAACAAAUCACAAAUCUUUUACAAAUCUUACUGUCGCUUUUUCCAUAAAAAUAAAGAAAAACGCAUUUUAUACAAUCUCAAA